UCCGCGCCCGACCCCGCCCGCGCGUGUGAGCGGCCAAGUUAGGGCGCCGCACCCGCCUGAUGAGGGUGAUCCAUGCUUUCGGGGACACUGAGAGCCACUUUCCUACUCCCUGGCAGUGAGAGAGAGAGAAGGGAGAGGGGGAAGCGGGCCGCUGUCCUUCCAGCCACUUUCGCUGCGCAAUUCCACGAGCUCCCGGCAGGAGGUGAAAGUCCCCAUCGGGGUCCGAAUGGCGCAGUUGAACUGCGGCUGCUGAGCUCACGGCCGCUUGCGCGCGCUGGGCGCGGGGACUCGCCUCGGCUACUCCUCCACCUCUGCUGACGACCGGUCCUGGACACACCGCCUGCGAGGUAAGCUGAACAUUGCAGAGAAGAAUCUUAAGGCUAUACGUAACUUAUCCCACUUGCUUCCGAUCUGAAGAACCAAAGGCUGUUGGAGAGAUGGCAGUGGCAUCCCAUCACGUGGUCCCUGUGUUUGUCCUGAUGAGUGCCUGCCUGGCCACAGCGGGUCCAGAGCCCAGCACCCGGUGUGAACUGUCACCGAUCAAUGCCUCUCAUCCAGUCCAGGCCCUGAUGGAGAGCUUCACCGUUCUGUCUGGCUGUGCCAGCAGAGGCACCACUGGGCUGCCAAGGGAGGUUCAUGUCCUAAACCUCAGAAGUACAGAUCAAAGACCAGGUCAGCCGCAGAGAGAGGUUACCUUGCAUCUGAACCCCAUUGCCUCAGUGCACACUCACCACAAGCCUGUUGUGUUCCUGCUUAACUCCCCGUACCCCCUGGUGUGGCAUCUGAAGACAGACAGACUGGCUGCUGGUAUCCCCAGACUCUUCCUGGUUUCAGAGGGUUCUGUGGUCCGGUUUUCAUCAGGAAACUUCUCCUUGACAGCACAAACAGAGGAAAGGAGUUUCCCUCAAGAAAAUGAGCAUCUGCUACGCUGGGCCCAAAAGGAAUAUGGAGCAGUGACUUCUUUCACCGAACUCAAGAUAGCAAGAAACAUCUAUAUCAAAGUGGGAGAAGAUCAAGUGUUCCCUCCCACGUGUAACAUAGGGAAGAAUUUUCUUUCACUCAAUUACCUUGCGGAGUACCUUCAACCCAAAGCCGCCAAAGGUUGCGUCCCAUCCAGUCAGCCCCAUGAGAAGGAAGUACACAUCAUUGAGUUAAUUACCCCCAACUCAAACCCUUACAGCGCCUUCCAGGUGGAUAUAAUAGUUGACAUACGACCUGCUAGAGAGGAUCCUGAGGUGGUCAAAAACCUCGUCCUGAUCUUGAAGUGCAAAAAAUCUGUCAACUGGGUGAUCAAGUCUUUUGACAUCAAGGGAAACUUGAAGGUUAUUGCUCCCAACAGUAUUGGCUUUGGAAAAGAGAGUGAACGAUCCAUGACAGUGACCAAAUUGGUAAGAGAUGACAUCCCUUCCACCCAAGAGAAUCUGAUGAAGUGGGCAUUGGACAAUGGCUACAGUCCAGUGACAUCAUAUACAAUGGCUCCUGUGGCCAAUAGAUUUCAUCUUCGGCUUGAGAACAAUGAGGAGAUGAGAGAUGAGGAAAUCCAUACCAUUCCUCCUGAGCUUCAGAUCCUGCUGGGCCCGGCCCACCUGCCUGCCCUGGACAGCCCACCUGUCCGAGGGGAAAGCCCAAAUGGAGGUCUCCCCUUUCCAUUUCCGGAUAUUCCCAAGAGAGGCUGGAAGGAGGGAGAAGACAGGAUCCCCCAGCCAAAGGAGCCCAUCAUUCCCAGCGUUCAACUGCUUCCAAACCACAGAGAGCCAGAAGAAGUGCAAAGGGGCGUCAACAUUGCCCUGUCAGUCAAAUGUGACAAUGAAAAGAUGGUCGUAGCUGUAGACAAAGAUUCUUUCCAGACCAAUGGCUACUUGGGGAUGGAGCUCACCCUGUUGGAUCCUUCCUGCAAAGCCAAGAUGAAUGGUACCCACUUUGUUCUGGAGUCUCCCCUGAAUGGCUGUGGUACUAGACAUCGGAGGUCAGCCCCGGAUGGUGUGGUUUACUAUAACUCUAUUGUGGUGCAGGCUCCAUCCCCUGGAGAUAGCAGUGGCUGGCCAGAUGGCUACGAAGACUUGGAGUCAGGUGACAAUGGGUUUCCUGGAGACAUGGAUGAAGGAGAAACUGCCCCCCUGAGCCGAGCUGGAGUAGUGGUGUUUAACUGCAGCUUGCGGCAGCUGACAAGUCCCCGUGGCUUCCAGGACCAGCUCGAUGGAAAUGCUACCUUCAACAUGGAGCUGUAUAACACAGACCUCUUUCUGGUGCCAUCCCCAGGGGUCUUCUCUGUGGCAGAGAACGAGCAUGUUUAUGUCGAGGUGUCUGUCACUAAGGCUGACCAAGAUCUGGGAUUUGCCAUCCAAACCUGCUUUAUCUCUCCAUACUCAAACCCAGACAGAAUGUCUGAUUACACCAUCAUCGAGAACAUCUGUCCGAAGGAUGAUUCUGUGAAGUUCUACAGCUCCAAGAGAGUGCACUUUCCUAUCCCUCAUGCCGAGGUGGACAAGAAGCGGUUCAGCUUCGUGUUCAAGUCUGUGUUCAAUACCUCCCUGCUCUUCCUGCACUGCGAGUUAACGCUGUGUUCCAGGAAGAAGGGUUCCCAGAAGCUGCCGAAGGUGCGUGGGCUCUCAUCUGUCUGGACUCCAAUUCUGUGUGUGACCCCUGAUGAUGCCUGCACCUCUCUAGAUGCCACCAUGAUCUGGACCAUGAUGCAGAAUAAGAAGACAUUCACCAAGCCCCUGGCUGUGGUUCUCCAAGUAGAUUAUAAAGAAAAUGUUCCAAACACUAAGGAUUCCAGUCCAGUUCCUCCUCCUCCACAGAUUUUCCAUGGCCUGGACACGCUUACUGUGAUGGGCAUUGCGUUUGCAGCAUUUGUGAUCGGAGCACUCCUGACAGGGGCCUUGUGGUACAUCUACUCCCACACAGGGGAGACAGCUCGAAGGCAGCAAGUCCCUACCUCGCCACCAGCGUCAGAGAACAGCAGCGCGGCCCACAGCAUCGGGAGCACUCAGAGCACCCCCUGCUCCAGCAGCAGCACAGCCUAGGUGGACAGACGGCCCAGCACCACCAGGGCAGGGCCUGGUACCAGUGCUGUGUGUCCAAACUCAGAAGGCUUGAUCUGGGUUCCCUGUAAAGAGAGAGUGAAUUUCAGUAUACAGACAGCCUGUCCCACCCACCCCUUCCUUACCACGGCCCAUGUCAAUGUGACCCUGGACAUCUGUCACACAAAAGCUAAGAUGGUGGCCUUCCCCACCAGCCCCUUGAAGGGUGGGGGUUUCAAUGUGAAACAUAUGCCAGUUUUUUUUUUUUUUUAAUGCUGCUUUGUCCAGGUGUCCAAACAUCCAUUAUUUGGAGUCGUAUGUUUUACAGAGUAAAGGAGACAGUGAAGGGAUGUCAGCUAGAGCCAAGGAGAGACAGCCAGGGAUUCUCGCCUAGCUGAACCAAGAUGUAAAACUGAAGAAAUGCUUCCUCCAUAUCCAAUCUGCAUCUCGCUUUGGGUGCCCACUUCUGACUUGCCACUCCCUACAUGGUCCCCUGUGUAGCUGGCUAGCCUUGGGGGACUGUCACUUGCCAAGGCAACAUUUCUCUCUUGGGCCAAAAUGAAUGCUGGUUCCUGAUCCUCCACUCAGGCACACCAACUCCCAAAGUGCCUUAAAACCAAGUUUGUCUCUCCUUUCAGGCACACAGAAACUGAGAACAUCAAAUUUGUGCCUGUCUCUGACAUUCGGUCCUAAUAAUACUUAAACAUCAGGCAGGUAGGGGUUCAGUGGUAAUCGAAGGGAUUAGCAAGGGGAUGCCUGUGUGUGAUCAUACAGGCACAAAUGCAGAACUCCUGGCACACUGGAGAGACAAUUGCUUCCUCCUUAAAAAUGUUCUAUGCUUCCAGAGUCGGAACUUAAGUUAUAUGUGUUAGACUAUAUUGACUCCAACCCAUCAGCCUCUCUGAUGAGCCUGUAUAGAAGCCUGGAGAGCACCAGGCCAUCUGGUGAUGUCACCAGUUCUGCCCUGAGGAUGCAGAGACAGGGAGAAAGGCGCUAACUUUAAAAAGGAUUUCAGGUGAACUUCUUCAUCAGAAUAAGGUGAUGCCACUCUGACAGUCACUGAGCUCAGUGACACCUUGGUGUUAAAAGUGAACCCCAGAGGGGAUUCCCCACGCCUGACCCACUGCAAAUGAAAUAAUACCGCUUUUCCGGAAUUCCCUCCCCCCCUUCCAAACAACUUAAGAUUCCAUAAGUAGAACAAGCUAGAUCCUAGCCUGAAGUAGCCAUGAGCAAAGCCUUUACAGUCAGGCAGUUGUGCCUGGGCCUUCUCGAAUGAAAUCUUCAGUCGGAAGCAUUGCUGGUAGAAACAGCAUAUGAAGGAAGAUAGACAAUCUCUCAGUCGAUGAGCCCUCAUCCGACUGACUACAGAGUGGCUCAGCUUCCAUUCAAUUGGGAAAAUUAGAACCAAAGAAGAUUCCUUCAGGGCUGAGGGCCUUCAACUGAUGCAUAGAUACAUUGAAAAUACUUCAAAUUUUCCACAUGAAUACAAGAUGGUUUGAAACUAGAGAAAUACUUUCCUUUAGUUCCUUGGUUUUUAACAUGAAGGUGUCGUUGUAGAGGACCUGGAUUAUGCUACCUGUGUUUAAAAAGAAUGCGCUUUGCCUAACCUUCAGCAGAAUGUAACUCUUAAGUAUAUUCUAUGUAUAAAAAAAUGUUUAAAGAUGUCUUCAAAGAAGACUAGAGUCUUUAAAUCACUUAUAGCUAUAUUUUACUACAAAAAUUCUGUAUAAAGAUAUAUUUAAAUGUUUUAGAGAGAUUUAAGUUACUCCAUAUGAAAUGUUUAAUUUCAGUUACUGUGAAUUCUUCUAAUCAGUUCUUUGAUUUUAAAAAGAAAAACCUUUCCAUCAUAUUAAAGAGAAAAUUAGCUAUGGGAAGAUAUUAAAAGAUUUCUUAGAUGGAUGGGAUUAAAAUUUUUUUGUAAUAUAUUUAAAUGUAUAUUUUUGAGAGAGAUACUACAUUGCCAAUGACUUUAUAAAUAAUCUUAAAUUAACUUACAAAUUUAUAAAAUGCAAACCAAAAGACUUUUUUUUUUUAAAAGAGAGAAAGACAAGAGAAAAAAGCUUUUAUUUCCUUGGAUCUCAUUAUCAGAAGUAUUAUUCAGCUCGAGAAAUCUGAUCCCAUAUUGGAAAAUGAAUGUCCAUAAGUAUUCCUUGAAGCGUAAAGCUUGGGUGUCUCCUCCCACCUCUUGUUACAGUGUUUCUGACCGCUUCACUCUCCUCCCACCUCUUGUUACAGUGUUUCUGACCGCUUCACCCUUCACAGAUUUAAUACAAAGUACAAGCCUUACUUUCGUAUUGUAUUCUCCAAGUUUCCUUAAGAAUGUUGUUAUAGUCUGGCUGAACCCAGUUCCACCUGCAAAGUCUUGUAUUUUGUCUGCAGGCCAUACGAGUGGCCACAGAGGCCAUUUUGUCUUGUUGAUGCUGAAGCCAUGCUGGACUGCCCCACAGUCUAAUGUGGGACUGUCUGUGCCAGGCACUACAGCUCUUCACGUGGUGUUCACCAGCUGUUACCACUGCAUUUUCAAAGGUUGGAUAUUUUUCUUCUGCCUGAGCUGGUCUUGUAGCAAUUUUUUCCUAAACACAAAAUGGCCUUUUGCUUGUCUGGUAAUGAGAUUAUAAAUCCAUUUCCUGCGUGUGUUCUCUGAGGCUUGCCUGAGUGUGUGGGGUGCGCAGGCGCGUGCCUGUCUUUUUGUACUGUAACUACCUCAUGGUUUGAAUGAUGAGCGUACUGCUGGUUGUAUUAACAGAGCACAUUUGUCGGGUGAGUUGUGUAUGCAAACUUUUUUUAAAAAUCCUGUUUGUUUUAUCUGGGGGUUCGUUCAUUAAACUGACAGAUAUUUUUCUAGGAAGAACUAUUAUCAGUUUCCAAAUGCAAUACUCUAUUCUGGUUUUUCCUGAGUGAGCCCGAUUUUGUUACUGUUUUUCAUCUAUGAGGGUAAAAGUAUACCCUGGAAAAUCCCUGUGGCCAGUUCAAACACCCCUGCUGUAACCUUCCCUCUGUCCCAUGGUCUUUGUGAACCUGCUUAGAGGUAUAGUUUUGAUAACCACAGUUUUAAUUCUUUUAUCUGUGCAUAAUAAAGAUAUAUAUCAAUUAUUAA